UUAGUAUAAAUACAAAAUAUAAAAAUAUGUAAGAUUAUUAUCCCUUUAACUUAGGAUAAUAUACAAAAAGAAUCACAACAUCUAAAAAAGAGACAUAAAUAUGGUUUGACCGUGCAUUAUUGUAAAUGUAUUCGUUUAAUCAUGAAGAAACCUUGAAUUGCUGUGAAAAAGCAUUAGAAUAUGACUAAAAUUGUGCUAUGAUUUACUUUUUAAAAUCCAUAGCAUAAGGAAUAAAUUAUAACAACUGUCCUGAAUAUCUAAACCCUAUCCAAGCACAUAAUCAACAUGAAAGCUGGAAAAAAGCAAACGAAAAUAAAGAAAAAUGCUCAGAAUAAGAAAAAGAUUUAAUAUAAGCUCUUCAAUAUAAAGUCGGAAAUGGCAAAAGCCUUCUACAUAAAUAAAACGAUAUAAACUUUGCAAAUAAAAUGAGAAAAAUAUACAAAAAAUAUCCCUAAGAUGAUUUCAUAGCUGAAAUAUUUGCAGAAUCAUUAAUGAAUUUAAGACCUUGGAAUUUGUGGGUAUAAAAACAAGAAAAUGGUCUAAAAUAUGGCGAUCCUUAUCAAGAUACAUUAGAAAUAAAAGAAGUCUUAGAAAAAGGUUUAGAAUAUAAUUAAGAUCAUUUAGGAUUAAGACAUUUAUGGAUUCAUUUGAUGGAAUAAUCACCUUAUCCAGAAAAAGCUUUAGAAUAAAAUUUUAAUAAAUCUUUGAUUUAAUUAUCACCAGAUUCAGGACAUUUAAAUCAUAUGCCAUCUCAUAUUUAUAUAUUAUGUGGUAAAUACGAAGAAUCAAUAAAAGUAAAUGAAUUAGCUAUUAAAAAUGAUGAAAAAUAUUUUUAAUAUAGAAAUUAAUAAAAAUAUCCAAGCUUUUGUUCUUAUAUUGGUUUUAUAUGUCACAAUAUUACUUUAUUAAUAUAUUCUGCUAUGUUUGCAGGACAAUAUGAAAAAUCCUAUAAAGGAGGCGAGUAUUUAUUACAAAUUUUAAAUAUAAAUUGCUUAAAAGAUAAUUCUUCUAUUUUUUUUCCUUCUACUGCUUUUCGGCUUGAAAGUUUUGUUCCUAUAAUACUUCAUGUAUAUAUAAGAUUUGGUAAAUGGGAAGAAAUAAUAAAAGAUGAGCCUUUUGGAUAAUUUUUAUCAUUAAAUUAAGUUUUUUCUAAUCCAGAUUUAUAUUAAAGUACAAUUGCUACUUUAUAUUAUUCAAAAGGAAUUGCAUAUUCAGUUUUAGCUGGAAAAAAUUUAAAUGAAAAAAAUAAUUUACUUAACAAAGCCUAAAAACAAAUUGACUUAUUCAAUUAGGCAUUUAAUUAAAUCGGUAAUAAUAGGUUUUUACAUAAUUGUAAUAUGAAAGAUGUUCUUGCAGUUGCACAUGAUAUGAUUAUUGGAGAAUACGAAUAUAGGUGUUAAAAUUAUCAAAAGGCUUUCCAAUAUUUAAGAAACGCAGUUUAAAAAGACGAUAAUUUACCUUAUGAUGAACCUUGGGGAUGGAUGAUUCCAACAAGACAUGCAUUAGGAGCUUUAUUAUUAGAAUGUGGAAUAGAUAAUAAAAAUAAAAGUUAUAUAUAAGAAGCAGAAUUGGUUUAUAGAUAAGAUUUAGGAGAAGGAGUUAUUAGAUCAGUUGCUCAUCCUAAUAAUAUAUGGAGUUUAGUUGGUUUAUAUAAAUGUUUAAUAUAAUAAGGAAAAAAAGAAUAAGCUAGCAAGUUUAAAAAUAUUUUAGAUGAAAAAAUUUUAAAUACUGACAUUUCAAUAAUUUCUAGUUGUAUGUGCAGCUUUAAAAAAAAUUGA